AUGUCGCAGCAGGAUACUGGGGCAGCUGAUGCCCCGCCACAGCAAUCCUCGAGACGAUCUGCGUCACCAUCAAACAGCUUCUAUGCGCUGAGCGAUGAUGAAGAGGGCGAAUACAACACAAUCAGAAAUGCCGAUACAGGAAGAGGCGUCAAACUUCUCUUCUCCAAGAGCAAGGUUUAUGUACACCCAACACCAUCUUCAAAGGACAACAUCCCAGGAUAUAUAGCACUUCUCCAACAAAGAGGUCAUAAUGAAGAGCGGCCUUCUUCCUCUUCUUCUCAUGAUUCCCAACAUAUUGCUUCUUCAGACCUACUUCUUGCUUGGAUCCCCGAAUCGUCGCUCGGCGACUCUGCUAGCAUCUACGUCAAGGUCGACCUUUGCGAUGGAGACUCGCCCCCGAAACAGUCUUACCUGGUACCUCCUCCACCGACCGUUACGAGCCAUGUUGGAUCUGUUGGAGGCUAUGCCUUUGCGAUUCCAGUGAGCGCUGUCUACUCGCUUCUCGUUCGUCCUCCCAGUCUUGGCUGGUGGUAUGGAUCCGUCAUCAUAAACUCCCGUGCAGGCGACAGCUUCCCUGCUCUCUUCUUCCACGACAACGAAUGCCAAAGCACGAUCCUUCAAAAGAAGAAGAUCGCCCGCGACACAUUCGACCCUUUUGGAGAAUCUGGUCAGAUGUUCUGGGGUGGCGACGAGGUUGUAAAGUGGCUGCGUCGUUAUAUCAAGAUUGAGCGAUCAGGUGCCGAGCCCAACAUCUACUUGCUCGAACCGUCAAAGGAGGAUAGUGAAGCAUUUGGUCAUAAGCUUACAUCCAGCCCAUCGCAAAUUGGUCGCCAGGAUAGCUCAGUAGGAGCGCAGCAACGCGGUGCGGGGGGACCUUCAAACCGAGAUGCGGAGAUGGACCCUUUCGUAAAGCUGAUCAAGGAGACCGGCUGGAAUCUUAUGGAGAAGUUCAGCAAAGUCACCACUUUCACACGAAGAGCGGCCCAGGAUAUCGUCGAGAACCCGAAUCUGCCACCACAAGUAAGACGACUACUAAGGAAUCCCGAAGUCCAGACACUCCAGGAUGAGUUCGACAGCGCCAGAAUAUAUCUAGCUCGUUGGGCUAUGGGUAUUCAGGAGCAGAGCGAUCGCGAUCGGAGACAAAGGAUAUGGUCCGCUCACGACGUGAUGGAGCUUGAGGAUACUGAUGUUGGCGAGUUCGAGCUAUUAGAAGGCGCCAGCAACCUCUCACUCGAAGAACGUCGCAAGGCAGUGACAAUGAAAGAGUGGAAUACUUUUUUCGAUCCUCAAACUGGCCGCUUAGCGGUAACUAUUGAUGAAGUGAAGGAACGAGUCUUUCAUGGAGGUUUGGAUCCUGAUGAUGGGGUCCGAAAAGAGGCCUGGCUUUUCCUCCUCGGCGUUUAUGAGUGGUACAGUACUGCUGAUGAUCGAAAGGCCCAGAUGGCCUCUCUACGCGACCAAUACUACAAGCUUAAGCUGUCCUGGUGGGAGAGACUCGAGGGCGACGGAGGCGAGGGCGAGACAGGAGAGUGGUGGCGCGAGCAAAAGGGUCGAAUUGGUAAGUUGCUCACCAUCCCUCAGCCUUUCUCCCCGGAACGAUUUGCUAACUUUACGAUUUCUACAGAAAAGGAUGUCCACAGAACAGACCGCAACGUGCCUAUUUUCAUGGGAGAGGAUAUUCCUCAUCCUGACCCGAGCUCACCUUUUGCCGAAGUUGGCACCAAUGUGCAUCUCGAGCAAAUGAAGGAAAUGCUCCUGACUUAUAACGAGUACAAUAAGGAUCUCGGUUAUGUUCAGGGAAUGUCUGAUCUUUUAGCGCCGAUCUACGCUGUAAUCCAGGAUGAUGCUGUGGCUUUUUGGGGCUUCCAGAAGUUCAUGGAACGUAUGGAACGCAACUUCCUGCGAGAUCAGUCUGGUAUGCGUAACCAACUCUUGACACUAGAUCAGCUUGUGCAGUUCAUGGAUCCUGUACUCUGGAACCACCUUCAAAAGGCUGACAGCACCAACUUCUUCUUUUUCUUCCGAAUGCUCCUGGUAUGGUACAAACGCGAGUUUGAAUGGUUGGAUAUUCUGCGAUUAUGGGAAGGUUUGUGGACAGACUACAUGAGUGCCAACUUUCACCUUUUUAUUGCGUUGGCAAUUCUCGAGAGACACCGCGAUGUUAUUAUGGAGCAUCUGCAACACUUUGAUGAGGUGCUCAAAUAUGUCAAUGAGCUCUCUGGUACAAUCGAUCUGGAGGCAACUCUCAUCAGAGCAGAGAGCCUCUUUAAGAGAUUCCAAAGACUUGUCGAGGCAGUUGACAAGAAACAAAACUUCCCUGCUCCUCGAUUCAAUCCCAAAAACGCCUCUGGUUCUUCAGAAUCAGCGGAGUCAGGACCUUCAAAGGAUGGCAAGACACCCAGUAAGGGUAAAGCUAAUGAGCCUGCUGCACCCCCGCCGCAGCCAAAGACGAUUACCCCUGAGUUGCGCAAGCUACUGAGUAAGGAGGUGGAGGUGCUUCCCAGGACAACUGUGGCUCAGAACGGUGAUGGUAUGCCGAGCAAGUAA